UCGCACAAUCUAAUAUGAUUCCUAAUUGAUUAACCAAAAUUGGUUCACCGGUUUUUGUUUAAACAUUAUGAGAUUAAUGGUCAAAGAACCAUCAUUUCAAAAAAUGUAUUAGAGAUAAUGUUUCACAUCGAACACUGAAAAUUAUCUUAAGUAAUAUAUAUAUAUAUAUAUAUAUGAUUUAAUAUAUAUACAACAGUUUCUUAAGUCGGACGGCAUUGGUUUGGACGUUUUGAGGGAUGAUUACAUUUUAGGCUUAUCAAAAUUUCAAACUAGUAUUAUCAAAAGUUGAAUUCGGACAAAUGAACAUACUCUGGAAUGCUCAUUAUAUGAAGAAAACGUAUUCCAUGGACAAUAUUCUAUCAAGAAUUUCCUAGUUAAGAAAAAUUUAAUCAAUGUAUUGAGCCCGUCGUUUAAGAAAUUGGAGAAAUCAGUAAUUACUGUGGGCUAUAAUGCAUGUAUACCUUUGACUUUUAAUUUUUCAUUGAUUUCGAUGUGCAAAGCAACGAUGAAGAUUGAAGACUAAGAAGAGAACAAUGUGCAAAGGACUGUGAGAGUAUUCAGUACGAUGUGAAUGAUCGGUAGAAGUGUAAUUGUAAAAUUUGCUAGAAUUUAUUUUUUUAACUAUUUUGUUGUAUUUGUAAUAGUGGUAAGAAUUAAAUAAAAAUGAAAUAUACUUAUACAUCUAUUUUUUAAAAAAAAUUAACAAAAUAAAAAUGUAAUAAACAGGAUUCAUAGAACGAUUUUUUAUUUUUGGUUGUAGAUUUAAUAACUAAUAUAAAGCAUAGUUGAUAAUUUUAAGUUGUAGAUAAAAAUUAAAGAAAAUGAAUAUAAUAAAGAAGAAAAAUGAAUGGGAACCAGGAGAAAAUGUAAGGAAAGUAGGGGAAUGAAGUCAAAACGGUGGUCCAAAAGGACCAUAUCCUAAAUUUCUGAUUUACUUAAAUCAGAAAGUUAAACACGAAACCCUAAGAAAGAUAGAAAAUAGGAAGAAUUAUUAUGCUAUGGUCAAACCUUAGCAGUUGGGCUAUUUUAAUUUUGAUUUAACUUUAAUUAUAAUAUGGUCUAAAUUAACCUAUAGUGAAAAGAGCGAGUAAAGUUUUGGGUGCAGAGGAAACUUAAACUUACUCAUUUGGGUAAAUUCCUACAAGGUAAAUAAGUACUCCUGAGUUUAUUUGAUUAUUUCUGGAAAGAGAUUACUAUUAGGAGUUAGGACCUAAGAAUAGAUAAUUCUUUUCAUGCAAUAUAUAGCCUAUUGUGGAAUUCUUGUACGUUGAUGAUUUGAUAUGCAAUGAUCAUUCUUUAAAGUAUUUAAAUAUAUAUAAGAUAAUAAAAAUGGUCAGGAGUCAAGACUAAUGUAACCAAAGUCAAAUAAAUAUUCGUAUGAUUACCGUUUUUGUAGAUUAUAGAUGGGUAGAUACUUGUCGCUAGGUCAAAAACACAUGUGCUCUCAUUCUUUUAAUAAACAAAAUUAUAAAGGGACAACAUUCCAGCUGAUUAUUUGCGCCUCUAAAUUUCUAAUACAUACAUAAAAGAUGUAUAUUUAUUCUUCUUAUUUGCUAUUCUUAAUUGUCUGAAUAUAUAAGUGACCAAAAACUGAAUUUACGAGGUUUAUAUACGAAUCGUCAAAUCAUUACUAUGGCGUGAACUAUUAUAAGGAAAAGAAUUAUAUAAUUGUCGAUUUAUGAGUUUAUUUUUUUAGUGUAGUUUUAAAGAUGUAACAUCAUUUAAAUUGGACAAAGAGAAUAGAUGGAAAAAGAGACAGUCAUGCAGUUUUAAUUUUUAUUAUUUUUGGCUUCAUGCAGAUAUACAUAUAAAUUAGAGAGAGAUAGAUACAUAUGUAUGAUAGUGUGCAUCCAAAUUGGACAAAGAGAAUAGAUGGAAAAAGAGACAGUCAUCUUUUAGAAAGAGCCAAAACCAUAUCAGAAAAAAAAACUCUUUUAAUCCAAACCAUACCCAUGUACAAAUCCUCUCUCUCUUUCUUCCCUCAAAAUUCUUUUUUUCUUGGGUUUAAGGAAAUUUUAGAUCUUGUUCUUGAGGGGUUUUAGGGUUCUUGGGACUAAUUUUUUUUUAGAAAUGGGUAAGCGUGGUGGGAAAAAUGGUAACGAAAACUAUGACGGCGUUGGUUUUAAUGGUCAAGGAGGCAGUGGAGUUAGGUCAUACGUACGGUCUCCGGUGCCUAGACUCAAGUGGACGCCGGAUCUCCACCGUUGUUUUGUUAACGCCGUCGAUAUGCUUGGUGGCCAACAUCGAGCUACUCCAAAGCUUGUUCUUAAGAUGAUGGAUGUAAAGGGACUCACCAUUUCACAUGUCAAGAGCCAUCUUCAGAUGCAUAGAGGUUCUAAACUCACUUUGGGUAAACCAGAGGAAAACUCUUUAUUUUCAAUAAGAAGACAAGACACCGAAGAGGAUUAUCUUCAGGACUACUUGUCUUUACACACAAGGAAUGAUUGUCCUACGGGUUUUCACACCUUUUCUCUUUCUUCACAUUCUUCUCUUAGAAGAGGAAGAAGAAAGGGGCAUACUUCAGAGUCUCGUGGUGGAGAUGAUGUUGAUGACUCUCUUCACAUCAUGAACAUGAAGACGAACGGAACGACGACGUUUCCAUCACAUCAUUUCCACCAGAAUACAGAGAAGGAGACAAACCCUUGGCAUGAACACGAACACGAACAUAAACAUGAACAUGAAGAAGAAGAACUGUCGUUGUCCCUGUCGUUGAAUCAUCAUCAUUUGAGAAGCAACGGAUCAUCAGUGAGCGAAACAAGUGACGCGGUCUCCACAUGUUCAGCACCAUUCGUCAACAAAGAUUGCUUCGGUUCUUCACCAAAGAUUGAUCUCGACCUUAACCUUUCAAUUUCUCUCCUUGGCAGCUGAGACCACGAAUUAAAUCUUUAUUUAUUAGAUUAGUUGUAGUGAAACAUCAUAAUCUUUUGUUAAACUACUAGGAUUUCUUGUUUUCCAAAGAUUUAAAGUCAGAAUCGACAAAAUUUUGAAAAUAAAUUUUGAAGUUACGUAUACAUCAAACUGAAACCCAAAAUGUAUAAAACAAUAAUGAAUCCAAACCGAAAAUAAAACAAACAUAGCCAUAACUUACAUCUUAAACAAAACAUGCAAGUUGGAUCCUUUGUCACGGAACAUGAGAGGCUCACUAGUAGUAGUUCUUCACUCACUUUUUUGGGUACUUGGAGAAUUUUUUUCGGAGGAUUGGUAUAGCUACUUAGACAGGUUCGUAAAG